UGGGCCUUGGGAGAGGCAGAGAGAGAGAGAAGCACGGAGCGGAGUGAGGAAGCUGAGAGGAGCUGACGGAGCAUUAAUGAGAUAUUGGCCGGUUAGAGUUACAGGGAUGCAGUUUUAGCCGUAUGCCGCAACUGUUUUCAGGCUUGAUCUGCUGAUUUGAAAAAAAAAGCGCGGAAACUGGGACAUUUUUCACCAGUGAAAAGAAACUUUAGUGGAUUAAUUUAUUCUCCAAAAAAUGGGAUUUGGACGGUUUUGCGUAAAGACGCCGAGGAUGGUGGCCCCUCUCGCCCGCUCACUCUUUUGUAUCAUCGGGCUGUUACUCACUUUUUCUCAGCCUGUCUGCGAGGCGUUCAACUUGGACGUGGAGAAUCCAACUGUUUACAGCGGACCCAAAGGGAGCUACUUCGGAUAUGCUGUUGACUUUUAUUUGGCUGAUUCUGCCAGUGCAAGUGUGGUGAUAGGAGCUCCCAAGGCUGACACCAGGCAGGUCAAUGUUGCACAGGGAGGAUCUGUAUUCUACUGCCCAUGGAGCCUCAGCCAAUCAGACUGUCACACCAUUGAGUUUGAUAUUGAAGGGGAUCGCACUGUUUCACUCAAUGACACAGAACACCAGGUUGAUUUCAAGUCCCACCAAUGGUUCGGCGCCACCGUGCGUUCCCACGGUGACACAAUUCUGGCCUGCGCCCCUCUCUACUCUUGGCGGACUGAAAAAGACAUCCCCCAUUCUGACGCUACGGGAACCUGCUACCUCUCAGUCCACAAUUUCACCAAAUUUGUGGAGUAUGCUCCCUGCCGCACAGAGAUCAGUGAGGCGAGCGGACAGGGAUACUGUCAGGGAGGAUUCAGCGCCGACUUCACAACGGAUGGCAAAGUGGUAUUGGGAGGGCCGGGCAGCUACUUCUGGCAAGGUCAGGUGAUCUCUGCAGCUACGGAGGACAUCAUCAAAGCGUACUACCCAGGCUAUUUUAUGCAGUCUGUGGAGGGCCAGAUCCAGACCAAACAGGUCAAGGCUGAACAUGAUGACAGCUACCAAGGCUACUCCGUUGCUGCUGGGGAGUUCAGUGGUGAUCAGGUAGAAGAUUUUGUGGCUGGUGUCCCGAAAGGACUCAUGCUUUAUGGUUCGGUGUCUAUUCUGAAUGGUACAGAUCUGAAGACCAUGAUUAACUACACUGGCGAGCAGAUGGGAUCAUAUUUUGGCUACGCAGUGGCGACAACUGACAUCAACAGUGAUGGGAUGGCUGACCUGCUGGUGGGAGCUCCCAUGUUCAUGGUCCGUGGCUCUGAUGGGCGCCUGGAAGAGAUGGGCCGGGUCUAUGUUUACCUACAGCGUGGCCCCCUGCACCUGGAGCUCCGCCUACCUCACCUCACAGGCACCGAGGCAUUUGGGAGGUUCGGCAGCACCAUUGCACCACUGGGAGAUCUGAACCAGGAUGGUUUCAAUGACGUGGCUGUCAGCUGUCCAUUUGGGGGGGAGGACCGACAGGGACUGGUCUACAUCUAUAAUGGGUACUCAGAAGGACUCAGGGAGAAGCCGUCUCAGGUGAUCACUGGCCAGUGGGCGGCUGGGACUAUUCCUGCCAGCUUUGGAUUUGCCCUCAGAGGUGCUAAGGACCUGGAUUUGAACGGAUACCCAGAUCUUAUUGUUGGUGCCUUUGGUGUGAAUAAAGCAGUUCUCUACAGAUCUCGCCCGAUAGUUAACACCAGUGCCUCUCUUACAAUUUACCCCACCAUGAUAAACCCUGAAGAGAAGAACUGCAUGGUCACCAGUGGAAACACCAGCAUUCCCGUUUCCUGUGUCAACCUGAGUUUCUGCAUAUCUGCUGAUGGCAAGCACCUUCCAGGCAUCCUAGAUUUCCAGGUGGAGUUGCAGCUUGAUAGUCACAAGCACAAGCAGAAAGGUGCAGUGAAGAGGGCUCUGUUCUUGGAUUCCCAGCAGCCCUUGUUGCAGCGGAGUGUGCGGGUUCGCCAUGGCGAGCGCGUGUGCAACCACACAAAGAUCUACCUAAGGGAUGAGAAGGACUUCAGGGAUAAACUCUCCUCCAUUUAUGUGGCCUUGAACUUCAGCCUGGAUCCAAAAGCUGCAGCCGACUCCCGCGGCCUGCGACCCAUCCUCAACUAUCAGACCACCAACGUAAUUGAGCAGAAGGCUCAGAUUCUGCUCGACUGCGGAGAGGACAAUAUCUGUGUUCCUGAUUUGAAGCUGGCAGUCCACGGGGACAGGAAGGAGGUCUACCUGGGUGAUGACAACUCGCUGACCUUGACUUUUAACGCCAAGAAUGAGGGAGAGGGAGGGGCGUACGAAGCGGAGCUGUAUGUGGUGCUGCCCCCUGAAGCUGACUACAGCGGUAUUGCCCGCAAUAAUGAGAGCCUGACGCAGCUGACCUGCAGCUAUGAGACAGAGAACCAGACUCGAUACCUCAGCUGUGAUUUGGGCAACCCGAUGAAGUCUGGAACCAGUCUGUGGGCAGGACUGCGCUUCACGGUGCCACGGCUGAAGGACACACACAAAACUGUUCAGUUUGACCUGCAGAUCCGCAGUAAAAAUGAGAAUAACUCCCACAGUGAGGUUGUGCCCUACAAGCUGGAGGUAGUCGUUCAGGCUGAUGUCAUUCUGCAGGGUGUGUCCCGACCAGAUAAGGUCUUCUUCCCGCCGGCCAACUGGAAGGUGACCAAAAACUAUGGGGUGGAGCAGGACGUUGGGCCUGCAGUGGAACAUAUCUAUGAGCUGGUGAACAACGGACCCAGUCAGAUCAGCCACACCCUCCUCGAGCUGCGCUGCCCCCUCAGUGUCCAGGGUCACUCUCUCCUUUACCCCCUGGAGUUCUCCACAGAAGGCCUCAUCAACUGCACCGCCGACAAAAACAUGAACCACCUACGCCUAAAACUCCAGCACACGUCCACAGAACCACCUAUCCUGGCGCUGAAGGCCCAUGACCACCGUGUGGAGAGGAGGGACGCCCACAGGAAUCAGCUCACUCAUUUGACUAACCUGUCCUGCUCUAACGUGGAGUGCUGGUCGCUCCAGUGCAAAGUGGGUCUUCUGGAGAAAGGGACCACUGCUAUCCUCAAAGUGCGCUCCCGCGUCUGGGCCGAGACCUUCAUUGAGAGGGCCUAUAAGCAUUACGUGCUGGAGUGCUUGGCCAGAUACAGCGUGGAGAAGAUGCCUUACGCCAUCCUACCUAAACACUCACCCAGCGGAUUCAAAAAGGUGGUGACCCCAGUGGUGUGGAACAAGCCAGAUAUCGAGAACACGGUUCCCCUGUGGAUCAUCAUCUUGGCCAUUCUGGCUGGUUUACUGCUUCUGGCUUUACUCAUCUACGUUCUGUACAAGUUUGACUUCUUCAAGCGAUCUGUACCGUACGGCACUGCCAUGGAGAAAGCACAAUUAAAACCACAGGCUGCCUCUGAGGCCUAGAUGAGCACCAGAGUUACCAGAACCGCAGUACCUGGCCAUAUGAUUGCAACAGAGAAACACAAUGGAACAUGUAGAGUGGAUCAGAGAGCAGUUGAAGGGUUAGACGAAAGAGAGAGACCACUGGAACUCCACUGUGCUGCACUAGAAGACAAAAAAAAAAAAAAAAUCCAAAGAGCUUCAAUCCAGAUGAAUGUUUUUUUUUUUUCUUUUUUAAUUUAUGUUUGUUGGCAGGUUGGGGAAUGUUACCAGAUAGAACUUUCAUUUUUAUGGAUUCAUGUGAUGGAGAGUUCAGUAAUACCCAUUUCACUGCCUUAUUAUUGGUGCUAAUGAUCUGAAGUGUUCACGGCCUCUGAUAGGAUAUGGCCACAUGUAGCUUGUGCCAGGAUCUGUGAAUUACACUGCAUGCUGAGGCCUGAAAGUUUUCUUCUGAUAUGUCCAGAACACAUAUUUUUAUUGACAGAAGAUCACUAAAACAUCAACCAGUCCACAGCGAAGGCAAUAUUGCAUGCCUGUUUGCUGAAACUAAAUCUGUCCAAAAAGUCUGUUUUAAAAAAAAUCUAUAUAUAUGUUUUUUUUUUUUUUUUUUUUUUUUUUUUAUACAUACAUCCAGACCUGUCUGAGGUGUUCCCCUGGUUCUUGCCCAUUGCAUGCUAGGAAUAGGGUCCAGCACCCCGCAACCCCGAACAGGAUAAGCGGGUAUUGAAAAUGCUUGGAUGGAUGUUUCUCAACUGAUGUUUCUCAACUGCCUCAGGAUGGUGGACAGCGCUGGGUUGAGUUGUUUUUUUGCACUCAAAGGAAAUCUACUGAUAUAUUUCCAAAGACACCGAAGACUUGACUGAUUGACCUUCCUUUGAGUUCUGAUUUCUGACUCCUACUGAUCACUUUGUUUAAAUCCUGUUUGUUCUAGUUCAGAGUUACCAACGCUGGCAUCGUCAUUGUUGUGUAGUCGUCGACUGGGAAUGGGACUGGAACCACCACAGACCUGUUGAAACCUCACGUUAGGCUUGAAGCAGUGUGGUGCUUCUGGCAAAGAAAAAAAAAAAAACAAAGAAAAAAAAAGAAAAA